CCACGUGACCCUCUCCCUCGCUGCUCAUUCACACUCCCACCCCACCCCUAGGCCCUAGCCCCGCCGCUCUCUCUAAAAUCUUCUCCGCCUCCCAUUCCCAUUCCCACCCCCACCCCCACGUACGAGAGCGAGACCGAGAGAGAUCUCACACAGGCAGCGGCAAUAAAUGGCCGGCGCGGCGGACGAGUACUACUACGGCGGGGGAGGGGGAGGGGGCGGGGGCGGGGGCGGCCCUCGCGGGGCGCCGCACGGGCUGCUGCUGGCGGUGGUGGUGGGCCUCGUGGUGGCGGGGCCGCUGUUCCUGGGCGACGGCGGGGAGGCGCUGACGGAGGCCGUGGCGGAGCUGCUGAGCCCCGUGGGCCUGCUCCUCCUCCCCGUGUGCCUGCUCUUCCUCAUCCGCGUCCUCUCCUCCGACCGCGGCGCCGCGGCGCUGGCCGACGUCUUCGCCUUCGGCGGGUCCCCCGACGCCGUCCACCGCGUCGGCGGCUCGCCCGUCGGCGUCGCGCUCAUGCUCCUCCUCAUCCUCGCCCUGCUCUACUACCGCUCCUCGCUCUUCGGCGGCGACGGCGGCGACGACGAGUAGGAGCGGGAGCGGGAGCGCGAUCUCCGGCCGGCUAGGCUAGUAGCUGUGGGUGUGGCGUGGCGUUGUUGUGUAAUGUGAGGUUUGCUAGGGGCGUGGGUGUAAAAGUGCGUGAGGAAAUCGGAGUAAAUUAUUUCGGUGUUUUGCUUCGUCGGUUUGAGACGAGGGCUUCUGAAGCUUCUGUGCUGCAUCGGGCCAUGUGCUAUUGUGCUUUGUACUCUUC